AGGACUUUAGUGCUCAAAGUCUCGGACUCGAUGACUCGAAGCCAUGGAGGAGGACAUUGCGGGCCAAGACAUUGACUCCGAACCUGUGAAGCAUGUGGGCAAAGCCAUUCCCUCACACCCCAAACGGCCAAAGGUGGAACUAUUGAGCGAUGACGAAGAUGACGAGGAUGAGCCUCCGUUGGCCUCUGCUCAGCCGGCAGAAGAACGCCAUGAGGUUGAUCCAGAGGCCCAAGUGCGAAAAAAUGCCGUCCACGUUUAUGGUUUAGACUUCCUGAAGACUCAUCACAUGGAAGAGAUCUUUGUCCAGUUUGGGCACAAGUAUGUGGAAUGGAUCAAUGCUUCCAGUGCCAACAUCAUCUUCAAGAACGCUGAGGGUGCCAAGAAGGCCUUGGAGGCACUUUCCUUCCCCAAGACAGAGGAUGAACCAUGGAGAAGAACUCCUGAUAUCCUGGUCAGUGAGGGCGUGCCCCCCAUCUUCCUACAAAUGCGCUUGGCCACGGUGAAUGAUGUUAAAAAAUCCAAGAAAUCAGUGCCAAAGGCCAUGUCCCCCAUGCACUAUGCGCAGGUCUUCUACAAGAACCAGCAGCAGGCAAUGCGACAAGGCCGAACUGGGCGGCCGCCCAGGAGCAAUCCCAAGGCCAAACCCAAGGCUGGCACCAAACGGCUGCUGGUCACGGAGGAAGAGCAACAGAAGCGGCAGAAACGUUCAGAUCGCUUUGGAGAAAAAUCCUCAGAUGCACCAAACGAAGCUGCAGAAGCACCAGCUGAUGCCGCCAGUGCAGCUGAUGCAUCAGCGGGUGCAGAUACUGCGACGUCUACCCCAAAGGUGGCCGUUUCCCGGGCACCGCCCAAGGUCAUUGGGGUGCCAGCACCGAAGAUCCGCCCAGCUGAAGCGCCCAAAGCACCCGCUGAAGCGCCAGAGGCCGCGGAGGCUGGUGACAAAUCGACAGCCGAAGCGGCCGAAGCUCCUGCUGAAGCCGCCGAAGCUCCCGAGCCGCAGUCUGAUGGAUCCAAAGUGGGCAGCUCUGGGGAAGCUGCUGAACAACCAGAAGCGAAAUGAAAA